UGCGCCGCGGCGCAGGGAGGGAGGGAAGGAAGGAAGGAAGGAGAGAGGGAGGCGGGGAGGGAGAGAGAGAGAGAGAGAAAGGCUGAGCCAGAUCUUCAUGCCACUGCAGGCAGCAGCAGCAGCAGCAAAACUUCUGAAGGUUUGCAGAAGACAAUAAGAGAACCACCAAGAAGGCUAUUGCAGUGUGGUCAAUUUGAGGAGUCUGGGACUGGGACUGCUACUCCAGCUUCCUCAUUGUUCCUGGUGGCUGGGCCAUAUCCCAACGCUGCUUAACUGUUGAAUGUGCAGAGAAUAUCCUUCUUAAGACAACUGUCUCCUUUGUGUUUGAGCACCCACUGCUGUAUAAAUACCCUUCAGUUGGAAUUUACUAUUGCCAAUAUGUAUCAUUCUGCAUCUGAAACCAGUCACCCUUUGCAACCAGAGGAACAGGAGAUAGGCAUUGAUCCCUUGCAGAGUUUUUUGAACAAGCCAGGGGAAGGGGUAUCAAAUGAAAAUGGAAGCACACACCAAACCUCAGAUUCUGAUGGAACUUUUAUUUCUUACAGUAAAGAAUGGGAAGAACUAUUUGUAAACAACAAUUACUUGGCAACUAUACGGCUGAAGGGGAUUAAUGGGCAGCUGAGAAGCAGCAGGUUCCGUAGUGUUUGCUGGAAGUUAUUUCUAGAGGUUCUACCCCAAGAUAGAAGUCAAUGGAUUAAAACUACUUCAGACUUAAGAACUUCUUACAAUAAGAUCAAAGAAAUUCACAUUACCAACCCUCGGAAAGCAGGACAGCAGGAUCUGAUAAUCAACAACCCACUCUCUCAGGACGAGGGGAGUCUUUGGAAUAAAUUUUUCCAGGAUAAAGAGCUUCGAGCAAUGAUUGAGCAAGAUGUGACAAGAACCUUUCCUGAAAUGCAGUAUUUCCAGCAAGAGAAUGUAAGGAAAAUUCUUACAGAUGUUCUGUUCUGCUACGCCAGAGAAAAUGAGCAGUUGCUUUAUAAACAGGGUAUGCAUGAACUUUUAGCUCCCAUUGUCUUUAUCCUACAUUGUGACCACCAGGCUUUUUCACAUGCCAGUGAAGCUGCACAACCAAGUGAGGAAAUGAAAGUUCUUUUGAAUCCUGAAUAUCUGGAACAUGAUGCCUAUGCAAUGUUCACACGUCUUAUGAAAACUGCAGAACAUUGGUUUUCAACUUUUGAACAUGACAGUCAGAAGGAGAAAGAUGUGAUGAUUACACCUAUGCCAUUUGCAAGGCCACAGGACUUAGGCCCAUCUAUUGCUAUUGUAGCAAAGGUAAACCAAAUUCAGGAUCAUCUGCUGAAGAAACAUGAUAUUGAGCUGUACAUGCAUCUGAACCGACUGGAAAUUGCGCCACAGAUUUAUGGCCUGCGAUGGGUAAGGCUCCUGUUUGGACGUGAAUUCCCACUUCAGGACCUUCUGGUUGUCUGGGAUGCUCUAUUUGCUGACAGUAUCACCCUGAAUUUAGUUGACUACAUUUUUGUAGCCAUGUUGUUAUAUAUCAGAGAUGCCUUGAUUUCAAGUAAUUAUCAGACCUGUUUGGGACUUCUGAUGCAUUACCCACCCAUUGGAGAUGUUCACUCCCUUAUCCUAAGAGCACUUUUUCUCCGAGAUCCAAAGCGAAAUCCAAGACCAGUGACUCAUCAGUUCCAACAAAAUUUAGAUUAUUACAAAGCACGUGGAGCAGACUUGAUGAACAAAACACGUGCCAGCGCUAAGGCUGCCCCUCUGAACAUUAACAAAGUCUCCAACAGCUUACUGAAUUUUGGCCGAAAGCUCAUUGCUCCAGCUAUGGCUUCAGGUGGGGCAGUGGGCACUCCUGCCGGGGGGAGCAGCUUUCCUCCCACUUCCAUGCCCAUCAGGAGCACAGUGGAAGCCCACCAGCACCACCAGCACCACCAGUCGCAGCAGCAGAGGAUGAUGAAGUCCGAAAGCAUGCCAGUUCAGCUGGGCAAAGGCGAGGCGGGCGAGGCGGCGCCGCCGGGGCCGGCGCAGCAGCUCCCCCCGGCCCUCACAGGCCAAAGUUCAAAAAACAUCAGUUCAUCUCCAAGCAUAGAGAGCUUGUCUGGAGGACGUGAAUUUACAGGAUCUCCACCUUUGUCUGCAUCAAAAAAGGAUUCCUUUUUCAGCACCAUCUCCCGCUCUCGUUCCCAAAGCAAAACUAUGAGCAGAAAAGAGUCGAGGACGUGCUCCACAGUUUUUCCAAGGACUAAGGAGGAAGAAUUGGAGGCCCAGAUUUCAUUCCUACAAGGACAGCUAAACGAUUUGGAAGCCAUGUGCAAAUAUUGUGCAAAAAUGAUGAACACACAUCUUGGAAAUAUUCAGGAAGUCAUUUUACAAGAACACUUGGAAAAAGAAGAUGAAAUUCUGGUUUCCUUGGCUGGUUUGAAGCAGAUCAAGGAUAUCCUGAAGGGUUCAUUGCGUUUCAACCAGAGCCAGCUGGAAGCUGAAGAAAAUGAGCAAAUCACUAUUGCUGAUGAUCAUUACUGUUCUAACAGUCAGAACAAGGGGGCAGGUGAUGUCUUAAAGGGACCUGUUAUAACAAAGCAACAGUUCAUCUCAGGACAACAGACUACGACUGACUCGAGCACUAGUGAGAGCAAGAGUGCUGAUGACUAUAUUAUGGUUUCCAAAGAAGAGGAAGGAAGUAAAAGCACUGUUCCUGGGCCAGUGCAGUCCCUUCAGGCGCACAAGGAGUCGGUGGUGAAGCCAGAAGCUCCGUCUCGUUCUUCUUUGAUAUUCUCUGACCCACUGAUGGGUUCCAUUUCGGCCUCCUCCAGCAACCUGAGCUCCAGCCCUGAUGACGACAGUAGUAACAACAGCAAAGAUUCUGACUUUGCUAUUGUCAGCCCACUGGACAUCUAAAGAAACAGGUUGGGAGAGUUUUGGAAGUCAGUCAUUACAACUCAAUUCAAAUUCCUAUGAUUCCACGGGCUGGAUAUUUCUUUGGAUUAGAAGGGCAGAAAAUAGAUAGAGGUAACCCAUUUCAGCUGCCAAAAGCCUAAAUUAAAAUUUAAAAAAAAAAAAAGGCAACACAAAUUUGCCCUUUUCAAAAAUAAUAUACACCUUUUAAUAACUGCCUUAAAUAAAGACUCAGUAAAACCCAGUUCUAAUAUACUGUUAUUCUUAGUUAUGCUGUUACAUUACUUAAGAGCUUUUAUGCAUUAGAACUGUUGCUUUCCCAAAACAUAGAAUAGUAUGUGCUAGGUACCAUAAUGGAAAUGUGUAGAUACUUGGCAUCAGACCUGAAGCAGCAAAGACAAGCUAGAUUUAAUGUCAUCCUUUUACAAAAUAUGCUUGACUGGGUAUUCUGAGUAGGAAAAGGUACUGCUUCUUAUGAGACUGUGAUUGGAGAAGUAGGGAAUGAAUAUCAGAAAGAUUAAAAGGAUCAUCCUGGUAGUAAGUUUGUUCUCCCUUAAGGAAUCCUAGUUUCUUCAUUUUCAUCCAGCAUAGCCUGAGGUGUGUUCAAGGCAGAGGUUUGUGUAGUUGUUCCUCAGCGCUUACAGGAGGCUAUGUGACAAACUCCUUGAGAAUGGGAAGCUAUACAAAAGAGCCUUAUUUCCCUUUGUCUACUUUUUUUUCCCCUUGAGAUUUCCCAGUUCUGCUCUUUUCCUUUUUAUAUUUGUCUACUUUUACUUCCUCUGGCAUGAAUUAUUUUUUAUUUUACUGAGACUACCACAGUUAAAACAGUAGGUGCAAGGGAAAUAACAAUAUUUCAUAGUGUAGACCUGAGCCAAUUGAACUAAAACUAGCUUGAGUAUAAUAACUUUAACAGGGAAGGUUGCAAAGUGAAAUGAAAUGUUCAUAAUUAAAAGCACUUUAUGUCUCAUUGCUAUUAUGUUCUAUCUUCUAUAGACUCUGUUUACAUAUAUACCUAUAGAAUUUCCAUAUUUCUAGUCAAGAAAACAUAAUGGUGCAGCAGCAUUAACCAACAGAAAGUUUCUAAUAAACUCUAUAACUUGUUCUUUUAUGGAAAAGUGUAUUUCUUUCCCAUCAAGUAGAUAGUGCAUUUCAUAAGAGCUUUUUCAAGUAGAUAAGGGGGUUUUUUGUGCUCUCUCUGAUCCCUUUAACCUCUGUUGGAAUUCAGAAAAUUAAAACGGUGGUGAGUGGACACCUGCUCUUGCAGGGUCCACACAGAGCUAGCUUGAGGAAGGAAAGCUAGUAUGUCACUCUGUAACAGCAGCAAAAAGAAAGUAUUGUUUGCUUUGAAGAUGCAUAUACAUUAUACUAUGCAACAACUUCAUAAUUGCAUGACAAAGCUUGUGUUUGUUCGAAGGUAAGAAAUGGUAGUUAUUUGCUGCUUAGUCUGUAAUUGUAGGUGGAGUGAAGUACCAUGUUCCAAAGAUGAGGUGAUGUGUAAUUUGCUGAUCUUGGAUUUUACAAGGUCAGUGCCAGAGGCUGAACUGAGGAGUUAAUUGUCAUGUAAUUACACGGUAGUUGCCAUAUCCUUACGUGUUCAAAAGCCGUCAUGUAGUCCUUUGGAGAUUAUUUGUGCCUUGUAAAAUGUUAAAAUACUAGAAUGUUAUGAGCAGGCAUAGCAUCAUACCUCUCUGCAACAGAGUGAUGCGAACAGUCAGAUGACUAUUUAGAUAAAAGAUCUUAAAUGCGUAACAUUUAUGAAAGGUGUUUAUUUUGGUUUAGUUUUAAGCUUCAUAGAAAAUCACUGUGGAAUUCAGCAUGCAUGCCUGUUUUCAAGUUUAUUUUAUUUCCCUGAGUUUGCAUGAAUGCCAGGGGAUUAGGUGGCUGUUGAUUUAUUUAGGUCUUUCAAGCUUUUCUAGCCUUAACCCAUUACGCAAGGCUUGUACCACACCACCAAAAAAAGGAGAAUCUGUUCAAAAGGUACCUGUGGAAAGAGGAAAAAAUACUCUGGGGACAGAGAAAAAAGUUCUUUUUUCAGUGAUACAUAAACCUUCAAAGAUUCCAGUACUUUGGCAGGAGAAAAUGUUUUUACUUCUUUUUUAUUUUUUUAAGCAUCUGUCUUUUAUUUUCUAUUCUAGUUGGUUGUUUCAGGGAUCACAUUUGCUGUUUUCUUGAACAGUCUCAUUGCCAACGGAAGAGUGUGAUUUGUACAGGUUUUUUAUUUUUGUAAGUUAGUUGUAUCUUUAAUAUUGCAUAUUUUAAAACAGCGGUAAAAGUCUAUAAAGAUUUUGGGAGUUUCCAAUAAGUUUUCUUUGAUCAGUGAAUACCGAUGAGCUGAAUGCGUAUCAUGCCAUGGGACAUGAUAAAAAUCUUCCAACACAGAGAGAUGAUUAUACAAAUAAGAACAGAGCAUCUUCCAGUAAAUGAAUGUGCUUUGGCUGUACCAUGUCCUUCCACAUCUCAAAUAUGUUGUCUCUGAUACUUGAUCAUGGUGCAGAGAUAGUUAGAAUUUUAGUAUAUUCAUCAAGUUAGAAACUUCUAAGUUAGAUAAAAUGUCAAAUCAUUGUCCUGUCUUGUGUUAUGUUAAGAAUAUACUGAGAGAGAAAUUGUCAUUUAAAACAUGAGAUUAUUCUUUUUCCUCAAAAAUGACCUGUUCAUAAUGCUCAUGGAUAACAAUAAUGAGAUAGAAAAAUUACAUGCAUUGCAAAUUACCGAUGAAAACUAAUAAGGCAUGAAGAUAUGUAUCUGAGACUGUUGUACUGUAUCUCACAUCUGUAAUUUAUUACAUUAAAGUCCCGUGCUUGUCAUGUCAGUUGUAUGUACUGCAGAAAGGCAGUAUCAUAUUUUGAUUGGGUUUUGAUUUAGCGGUGGAGCUUUGCACCUUUACUCUGGAAGAACAUCUAGCCCGCUUUAUUAAAGGAAGAAUUAACAAAGUUUCUGGGCUGCGCUUGUGCUGUUUUCUCAAAAAAAGAGGGAAAGCUUUUUGGCUGGAAUACUGGAAGUAUGAUUUCCGAGAGCUAGGGUGAUUAAAAACUUCAGAACUAUCAAUAUAAGCACAAAGUUUAUUAGUAGUUUAGUCUGAUUUUAUAUAUGUGAUCCAGGGAAUAAAACUGCUUGUCAUUUAUCUCAACUAAACAGUAUAGAAUAUUUCCUAUUUUACCGUAUUUCUUGUAUCUGAAAAUAACAAACCAGAAUUUAACAUGGUGUAACUUUUCUGCAAUUUCAUAAAACUCGAUAUAGUUUCAUCGUUGUGUCUCAGUCACAGUGCCUGUUUCUGUACAGUGCUUACCUGAAUCUCAGUACUUUAUUCCACCUUCUUAACUGUUUCCCAUGAUUCUCCAGUGUGUUCUCAUUAGGUGGCACUGAGGCAACUAUUUAAAAGAUUACAUUUCAGAUUUAAGGUGUACUUGUGCCUGGCAGUUACCAUGUCAUCUGUUCAAAUACAGACACAGCAAUCCUAACAUGAACAGAUUUCCAAGUUCUGGGUGUCAGCCCUUAAAUAGUACUUCUGAUUUUGUGCUGCAUGUGUUGGUCUUGAAUGAAUGAUUCUAAUGUUUUAUUAGACUUGAAAAGGUGCAAUUUCAUAAAAUAAACUUCCACUUGACUACGGAAUAGUAA